AUGCAGGUCAUACGAGCACACCAGGCCCAAGAACGCGCGCAUUUGCUUGGGGACAUCAAGCAACGCCCGAUUCGCGUGUCGUGGAGCAACAGAAAGGGGUCGGACGAAAUGCUCGUGGCAGCGUUCUGUGAGUACGGCGAGAUGGGACUGUCGACAUCCACUCGGGCGACGCCAGGCAUCGCGUACGCUUGUCCAACUUGA